AUGCAAGCAAGUACAUGUGUAACACCUCGAAUUUUUACUGCAAUACAAAAUGUGGACAUACAUGAAUUAUCGAUGUGUUCUCAUAAAGAAAUACGUCCAAUUUUACCAUGUUUGGUUCGAAUGAGUUUAAUUUCCCCGUUAGACAUAACAAAGGAUUGUGUUGAAGAAAGAAAACAAGUUUUGACAAUUUUAUCUGGUAUUGAAUCAGUAAAUUCAAUAAUUGCACUGCUGUCGAUAGAUUUUCAUGCAUUGGAGACUGACGUUCGAAAAGAGCAACAAUUGAGGCAGAAGUUGGGUAGCUUACAGAGAGAUAGUGUUCUUGCACAGUCAUUGCAAAGUGGUCUUGCUUUAGAAUUUGAACGCAGUGAGUCUACGAGACGAAUAAGACUAGUUCUAAGUGAAUUGUUAUAUAUAGCUUCUCAAGUACAAGAACUACAAAAGAAUCAGGAAUUUCAAAUCAAACAAUCCGAUUUAUUUGAUAAUGCAGUAUACAUGGAAGAGAUUUGUUAUGUGAUUUGCAUUGCUUUAGCAGAAUUACCAACAUUGUUGUCAAUUCUAGAUAUUACGGAAACAUUAUUACAUGUUAAACAUGGUCCAGAAAUAAUUUGUUGGAUAGUUGCUAAUAUUCCUGAUAGUUUUAACGAAGUAUGUGCACAUUUAAUCGCCAAUGGUGAAAGACAAGAGGAAUCAACAUUGGGCAGAAUUAGAACAAUGGCUUUGACAAUGUUAUGUCAAAUGAAUCCUAGACAAGCAUUAGCUGUAAGAGCUAAAUGUGUUGAAUUGUGUAGGAUGCCAGCUUUAGCAAUUACAUUAAGUCUGGAACAUGAGAAUAUAAAUAAUGAUGAAUUAGAAAGUGAUAUAGUUGCAUUUGUAUCAGGGUUAUUGCUUGGUAGUGAUCAACAAGUGAGAACAUGGAUCGCAAUGUUUAUUAGGAAUGGACAAAAACGUAAAUGGGAAUCUCACACAGCAUUACAGUCUUUAAGAGAAGAACUUCUCAAACGAUUGCAAGCAAUCACUUCCCAAAAUGCAGGUCAAUUGCCAGAAAGUCAAGUUGUUCAAGCUAGUGCUUUACUACGCCUUUAUUGUGCAUUAAGAGGCAUUGGAGGCAUUAAAUUUCAAGAUGAUGAGGUAGCAAUGAUUGUUCAAUUGCUAACAUCUCAUCCUCCUCCAUCUCCAGCUGGUGUAAGAUUUGUUUCUUUAGGUCUUUGUAUGCUUAUUGCGUGUUCAUCAUUAAUAGGACAUCACAAUCUUGAAAAGCGGAGUAUAGAAUGGGUGCAGUGGCUUGUUCGUGAAGAAGCUUAUUUUGAAAGUGCUAGUGGUGUAACAGCAAGUUUUGGAGAAAUGUUACUUUUAAUGGCUAUACAUUUUCACAGCAACCAAUUGUCAGCUAUUUGUGAACUUGUGUGUGCAACUUUAGGAAUGAAAAUACCAAUUAGACCAAAUAAUUUAACUAGAAUGAAGCAAAUUUUUAUGCAAGAGAUAUUUACAGAACAAGUUGUUACUGCUCAUGCUGUUAAAGUUCCAGUCACAGCUAAUUUAAAUGCAAACAUUCCAGGAUUUUUGCCUGUACAUUGUAUUCAUCAAUUGUUGAAAUCACGAGCAUUUGCAAAACAUAGAGUUCCAAUAAAGAAUUGGAUUUAUAAGCAGAUUUGUAAUAGUGUGCCACCACUGCAUCCAGUUCUCCCUGCUUUAGUUGAAGUGUAUGUCAAUUCAAUUUUAGUAACCAACAACAAAACAUCAGAACACACGAAUAAACCAAUUACGGAAGAUGAAAUCAGGAGAGUAUUCCAAAAUAGUGUGUUUGGUGCAAAUUUUGAUUUUAAGAAAAAUAAUAAUGUUCCUCAGAGAGAUAUAGAUAAUAUAGACAUUGAUAUUCCAAAACCUUCUCUUACAUCGCAGUUAUUACUGUUAUACUACUUAUUAUUAUAUGAAGAUGUCAGAUUAUCCAACAUGCACACAUUCAUCUCACAGGAUAGAAAAGUUAAAUCAUAUUCAACUGAAUUUCUAUCCGAGUUACCAAUAAAAUAUCUACUUCAGUUAGUUCAGAGAGAUCAAAUGAAUUAUGCAGGAUUAUUUUCUCCUCUUCUUAGACUAUUAGCAACUCAUUUUCCACAUCUUUCAUUAGUAGAUGAUUGGCUUGACAAUGAGAUGAUUAAUAUAGAUUCUACAGUUAUGAACUAUGAGAAUGUAAAAAUUACUGAUAUGAUGAUUAUCGAGACAUUUUCACAUAUUCAAACAUGUCCUUCGAGAACAGGAAGACUGUUAAGACAAUUAAUGUCAAUGAAACCAACUGAUAUCUGGCCUCAUGCUGAAAUUAUAAUUUAUUAUUUCAAGGCAAUUUUAAGUCAGCGAGUUCCUAGAUAUAUUCAAGAGUUAUACAAGCAAGUAUGGCUCCGGCUAAACACAGUUCUUCCAAGAUGUUUAUGGGUGUUAUCAAUAAACGCACUGUUAAUAGAAAAUUCUAUUGUAAAAAAUGUGUCUUUAACACAAGAAAACAUUGUCUUAGAUCCUUUACAAGUACUCAGAUGUGACACAAGAGUCUUCAGAUGUGCUCCAAUUUUAUCUAUUAUUUUAAGAAUUUUACAAGCUGCAUUAGCGGCCUCUCGAUCUCAGUUAUCCCGACAUAUACAGGACAAACCGUUAACUGAAAAAAUUGGACAAUUAUCAAGCGACAGCGAAAGAGAAGAUUUAAGAACAGCAUUAGUAGCGGGACAAGAGAGUGCAGCUGUUCAAAUAUUAUUAGAAGCAUGUUUAGAAACAGAAGAAGACAGACAAACUCCUGGACAAAUGUGGUCCCUAAGAGAAAUUCAAAGCAUCAUUUGUUCAUACUUGCAUCAAGUGUUUAUAGCAGAUCCAUCAUUAGCCAAAUUGGUUCACUUUCAAGGUUAUCCAAGGGAAUUGUUACCCAUAACAGUUACUGGUAUUCCAUCUAUGCACAUUUGUCUCGACUGGAUUCCUGAAUUGUUAUCUCAACCAGAACCAGAAAAACAAAUAUUUGCUGUAGAUUUGGCUUCACAUCUUGCAAUUCAAUAUGCUUUACCAAAGGCUUUGAGUGUUUCUCGGUUAGCAAUUAAUACUCUGGUAACACUUUUAGGAGUAUUAUCUGCUAAAGAUCGUGUAAUUUUAUUUUUGCCUGUACUACCAGCCUUAACGCGUAUAUGUUUAGCUUUUCCACCAUUAGCUGAAGAUACUACAGGUUUACUGUUACAGCUUGGUAGAGUUAAUUCUGCUCAAGCAGCCUUAGGAGAUAAAUCUGCAGAUAUUUUAUGUCAUGAAGUUACUGAAACUUUUUGUAUGUUAUUACAAAAAGCUAUUUUACAGUCACGAGUAUACUAACAAAUUAUACGUUUUCUUGUAUCAAUUAUGGACUUAUUGUUUUAUUUUAUUUAAUUACAAUAAAACACUUUUUAUCUAAACA